AUGGCAUUGCCCGAGGAUGCUGUUGGUAAAGGGAAAGAUGGAGAACCUGUAGGAGAUAAUGGUUUCCUUAAACAAUCAGAGUCUUCUCCUUGUGUCAGUGGCAGUCCUGCGGCUAUGGCUUCAUUGCAGAAGCAUUUCCAAGGGAAGGAUGCCUUGAAUUAUGCCAAUAUUCUGCGAUCCAGAAACAAGUUUGCUGAUGCUCUUGUUCUCUAUGAGAGGAUAUUGGAGGAAGAUAGUGCAAAUGUUGAAGCUUAUAUUGGAAAAGGGAUAUGCCUCCAGAUGCAGAACAUGGGAAGGCUGGCUUUUGACAGUUUUGCUGAAGCUGUCAGGAUAGAACCCCAGAAUGCCUGCGCCCUCACUCAUUGUGGCAUACUCUACAAAGACGAAGGCCGUCUAGUUGAUGCUGCUGAGUCAUAUCAGAAGGCUCUAACUGCAGAUCCUUCAUAUAAGCCAGCUGCUGAAUGUCUAGCAAUUGUCUUAACAGAUCUUGGGACGAGUUUAAAGCUUUCUGGCAACGUCCAAGAGGGAAUUCAAAAGUACUAUGAAGCUCUUAAUAUAGAUCCACACUAUGCGCCUGCAUAUUACAAUCUUGGUGUAGUAUAUUCUGAAAUGAUGAAAUAUGACACUGCCCUUAGUUGCUAUGAAAAGGCUGCCUUGGAGAGGCCCAUGUAUGCAGAAGCAUAUUGCAAUAUGGGUGUCAUACACAAAAAUCGAGGUGAUUUGGAGUCAGCGAUUGCCUGUUAUGAGAGGUGUUUAGCUGUUUCACCUAACUUUGAAAUUGCCAAAAAUAACAUGGCAAUAGCACUGACUGAUUUAGGCACAAAGGUUAAACUGGAGGGAGACAUCAGUCAAGGUGUGGCAUAUUACAAGAAGGCUUUAUAUUAUAAUUGGCACUAUGCUGAUGCUAUGUACAAUCUUGGUGUUGCUUAUGGUGAGAUGCUGCAGUUUGAUAUGGCAAUUGUAUUCUACGAACUUGCUUUCCACUUCAAUCCCCAUUGCGCUGAGGCGUGCAACAAUUUGGGAGUAAUAUAUAAGGACCGGGAUAAUCUUGAUAAAGCAGUGGAGUGCUACCAGCUGGCUUUAUCAAUCAAGCCAAACUUCUCCCAGUCACUGAACAACCUUGGCGUUGUGUACACUGUCCAGGGAAAAAUGGAUGCAGCUGCAAGCAUGAUCGAGAAAGCGAUAUUGGCUAAUCCUACUUAUGCUGAAGCAUACAAUAAUUUGGGGGUCCUUUAUAGAGAUGCUGGAAAUAUAUCUAUGGCUAUUACUGCAUAUGAGCAAUGCCUAAAGAUAGAUCCAGAUUCUCGUAAUGCUGGCCAGAAUCGAUUGCUUGCUAUGAAUUACAUACACGAGGGCCAUGAUGAUGAGCUAUAUGAGACACACAGGGACUGGGGUAGGCGCUUUAUGAGGCUGUAUCCUCAAUACACUUCCUGGGACAAUCCAAAAGAACCAGAAAGGCCACUUGUCAUUGGAUAUGUGUCUCCAGAUUAUUUUACUCAUUCUGUAUCUUAUUUCAUUGAGGCACCCCUUGUCUAUCACGACUAUACGAAUUACAAAGUGGUUGUGUAUUCGGCAGUUGUCAAGGCUGAUGCAAAAACGCAUAGGUUCAGAGAGAAAGUGCUUAAAAAAGGAGGGUCGUGGAGAGACAUAUAUGGAAUUGAUGAAAAGAGGGUGGCAGGUUUGGUUAGAGAAGACAAUGUUGACAUCUUAGUGGAACUAACUGGACAUACUGCUAACAAUAAAUUGGGCACUAUGGCGUGUCGACCAGCACCUGUUCAGGUUACAUGGAUAGGGUAUCCAAACACAACUGGUUUACCUAGCAUUGAUUACAGAAUCACUGAUUCUCUGGCUGAUCCACCAGAUAGUAAACAGAACCAUGUCGAAGAUUUAGUCCGGUUACCAGAAUCCUUUCUUUGUUACACUCCGUCCCCUGAAGCUGGGCCAGUCGCGGUUGCACCUGCUGUGUCAAAUGGCUUUAUAACAUUUGGUAGUUUCAACAAUCUGGCAAAGAUAACUCCUAGAGUACUGCAAGUGUGGGCUAGGAUUCUCUGUGCAGUUCCAAACUCUCGCCUGGUUGUUAAAUGCAAGCCAUUCUGUUGCGAUAGUGUUCGGCAGAAAUUUCUGACAACUUUGGAGCAGCUAGGGUUGGAACCAUUGCGUGUUGAUCUUCUGCCUCUAAUUCUUCUGAACCAUGAUCAUAUGCAAGCAUAUUCUCUCAUGGAUAUCAGUUUGGAUACGUUCCCAUAUGCUGGAACAACAACGACGUGUGAAUCUUUGUUCAUGGGAGUACCGUGUAUUACUAUGGCUGGAGCGGUACAUGCUCACAACGUUGGUGUUAGUCUUCUCAGCAAAGUAGGACUAGAACAUCUGGUUGCCAAAAAUGAGGAUGAGUAUGUUCAAAUGGCGCUUCAACUGGCUUCAGAUGUUGAUGCUCUCUCGAGCUUGAGGAUGAGGCUCCGAGAUCUUAUGUCCAAAUCGCCUGUAUGUGACGGAGCAAACUUCACUCUUGGCUUGGAGUCGGCAUACAGGGACAUGUGGCGGAGAUACUGCAUGGGCGAUGUGCCAUCUUCAAAACAUAUGAUCCAACUCAUACAACAACAGGAACAACAAGUAAUUUCAGAUGUACCCAGCGACAACUCUCAGCAACCCCCAACUACUAUCUCGAGCAUGACGAGCUCAAGGGAAGAAGACUUGCUGCAUGGAUCCGCUAUCAAGGAGAAUGGAUUCGGUGCAGCACCACCAUCGAUGGCCAAUCAUUUUUGUGAUGAGAACGGGAUUAGUUAG